AUGUUCACAUUUGCCACGAUGGCCACCGUGCUGGAAGGCUACGGCGCCAGCACCAAGUAUUGCAAAGGUGGCGUGGUAACCGAGUACGACGUGGCAACCUACUCAGCCUACGUGGCUCACGUGGUGUCCGAGCUGGCUACGGUUACGCCCACCAAACCAGGGUUUCAGUACGGGACAGUGUUCCCCAACGACAACCCUGGUUCCGUCCAGGGUUCUGCGGUCUGCGACGGCACCAAGGAUGCCAGCCGUUGCACAACCUGCCUCUCCGGUCUCCAACAGUUGCUUGUCGACUCUUGCAGCCGGUACGAGGGCGGCGGGGCUAAAGGCGGCGUGGUUUGCGGCAUGGCGUUUGGCAUAGUUCACUGA